GGUAUCUGCCGGUCAACAUGUACACCUGUCCGGCGAUAUCAAGGGCAACGUAUCCAUCGCUGCCCAGCAGGGCAUGCACUUCACCCAACAGCAGCAGCAACAGCAGCAACAACAACAGAGCCCUAUGUCGACGCCCCAGCACCAGGGAUCUCCCAUGUCGGCGGGCAUGGGCGGUCAAGGUAUGGGGGGCAUGGGGGCGGCCAGUAUGUUGGGCGGCCAGCAAGGCAUGGGCGGUAAGUUGAUUUCCUGCCCGAAGGGUGAGCGUGUCCUAAUGUGGUAUAUGUUAAACUCGUUCUCAUCAGGUGCCGGAAAUAUGUCAUCCAACAUGUCGCAAGGCAGUAUGGGUGGAAUGGGCGGACCCAUGGGCGGCAUGGGAGGUCAUGGAGGUGGAUUAGGUAAUAUGGGCAGUGCAAUGGGCGGACCGAAUGGCGGAUUGGGUUCUGCAGGAGGUCUAGGUGGGCCAAACAAUCCUAUGGGCGGUCCCAAUGGAAUGAUGGGUGGUUUAGGAGGAAUGCCACACCCAGGGAUGCAACACCUUAGUGGGAUGUCGCACAACGACAGUUAUUCCAUGUCACAGACACAAACUAUAAACUUCACGCAACAGUCGCUUAGGAGGGCUGGUGGACCAGGCAUGCCAAUGGGCAGCGGUACGGGCGGCCCAGUCCCCGGCAGCGCCCUGUCUCAGCAGAUGACCAACCAGCAAAUGGCUGCCGCUGCCGCAGCUCAGCAACAGCAACAGCGCAUGCAACAGCAAGCUGCCUUGGAUCAGCAACAGAAGCUGCUGCAUCAACAGCAGCUGCUCAGGGCGCAGCAGCAACAGCAGCAGCAACAGCAGUACAUGGCGGCGGCCGCGGCAGCUGCGGGUGCAGCUAGACCGCCGCCACCUGAUUACAAGGCGGCAGCUGCGCACGCCAUGAUGCAAGGUGUACAAAGGUAUGGACCCGGACCUGGCCCAGGACAUGGCGGAGGACCACCUCCUGGACCUCCAGUUAUGCGAAGAAUGGGUGGACACCAACCUAUGCCCCCUUCAGGGCCCAUGAUGCGUUCGAACAUGUACAUGCUGCAACAACAGCAGCAGCAACAGGCCCAACAACAGUUACCCCAACGAGCGAUGUACGCACGUCAACAGGGCGCCUUGGCAGGCAUGGAGACCGUUCAACAGCACAACACCUCAACAGAGUGGCGGCAUUUGUUAAUUUCUCAACAACAGAACGCUGCUUUCAACGCUGGAAUGAGGCCUAGCUUCCAACAAGGCUUCAUGAACGCCAACCAAAUGCAGCAGCAACAGCAACAACAGCAAAUGUCCCAGCUAAGCCAACAGCAACAACUGAUGCGUUCGGCGGCCGCCCAGCAACAGAGCAUGGCCAGUGGCGGCGGGCCGGGCCAGCAAAUGACGCAAGGGCAGCUGAUGGCCGCACAAAGUGGGGCAGGCGGGGGGCAGCAAGGGCAGAUGGGCGGCGGCGGCAUGAGCCAGGCGGCGAUGUUGCAACAGAUGCAGCAGCAGGGCAUGCAGCAACAGCAGAACUCACAUAUGUCAAUGUCAAGCCUGCACAUGCAACAGUCCCAGUCGAUCAGCGUGGCCAGUCAGCAGUCUCUCCAGACGCAACAAGCACUAUCAGACGCAUUAUGUCCCCCAAACAAUCAAAACAACUUCCCAAACCCUGCCGACUUCGGCUUCGAGUUUCUCGACAGCUUAGGGCCUGGAGAUGCCGGGGCUUUUACUGACCAAGAGCUCUUGAACUCGUUUGAUAGUGAUGCAGGAUUCAAUUUGGACUUCUAAGAGAUUCAGUGAUUCACAGACCACUCAUAGGUCUUCAGGAUUAUGUGGUGUUAAAGUGAUAUAAAGAGAAUACUUACCAAAUCCUUAAUGAGUGACUAGUGGUUUCGCAGAUCAUCAGUAACACUUCCAGACGAGUUUGGGUUUCCACAAAUUGACAAGAACUUCUUAGUAAAUGGUCCCAUUGAAAACUUUGGAUUAAUGGUUCCACAGACCACUAAGAGGUUAUCAAGGCUCAAGAAAGCUUAGGGGCAUCAAAGGCUCUCCCUGGAAUUGUGUCUAUUUUGACAUUAUGACUCCAGUUAUUUGGGGUGGUUUCAAAUGUCCGUAGUAUGAAAUGUAAAACGUUUUUCCUUUUACAUUAAAUUGGACAUUAUCUCCGAGUCAUAGACGAAUUUUAGCCUUCAAACCAAGUAUAAGGCGACACAAUUUUCUAUGACUUAAACUUAUAUUCCCCAACUCAGAUAAGUUGGUACAUCAGCAAAAUUUGAAUGGUGAAGUUUUUUUUGAAUUCUUGAAACAAUGAGGUAUGUCUGACAAGGUAUUCAGAAAAAAUGCUAUAAUUCAAUCCGUUUUUUUUAAUAAAAAUCCUUUGAACCUUGUUAUUGUAUCAACAGUUCUGUAUAUAUUUCUGUACAUAUUUAUACACCUUCCUAUUAAAUUUUGACUGUGGUUAUGUUCAACCUUAUCUCAAGAAUUUUUUAUGUUGACUUUUUUGUGAUUCGCUCCAAAGUGAUUUUUUAAUAGAGCAUACGCGGACGUAGAAUUUAUAUUUUUGUUUCUUUAAAUUAAUCACUUAACGACAUUUAGGAUUAAAUAAAUACUAGACAAUUUUGUGCGGUAUUGCAGUGUCAGUUUCCAAAGUUCAGCAUUUCAGCAUUAAAAAGUAAAUCAAAAAUUUGUUCAAAAUAAAUAAAACAGUUAUUCGUCUGAAACUAGAACGCGGAAAAAAUAAAAGUAAAACAGCUUUUAAAAAAUGCCAGAUGUGAUUUUUUGAGCAGAAGAAUAAUUGUAAUAAAUUUCAACAAAAGUAUACAUUUUCUUAAGAAUGCUGUAUUUGAAGGAAAACUGUGGAUGCAAGACCAUGACAUAUACACUAUUCAUAUUGAAGCUCCUCUAUAUUAUAAUGUAUAACCAUUGAUAAAAGUUCAAAGUUUGAAAUAAUUCCAUCUAUAUUUAGACAAUCAUUGAUUUGCUUUUUUUUUCACGAUCACAUCGAUUAUUGGCUUUGCAAAUUUUGCACAUUUUUAUAAGGAGAUUAAAAGUAGCAGAUAUUCUAAAUUGCCGUUUUUUAACGAUUCUAAAGUAUCACUUAAUAGAGAAAAAUUAAAUGUCCCUUUUUAAGAAGAAAAUUCAGUUUUAUGAUUUACCAUUUAGCAAUUUGUUUUAAACAUAGAUCAAGUUAGCUAUCUUCCAUAUAUCAAAAAAAUUAUGAAAGUUCUCCAAAAAUGUUACAUUUCACACUGGUUACUCCAUUUUGUUUUUGACCUGAUAUAGGAAGAAACCUUGGGUCAAUUCAAAGGGAACAAUUGGAAAUUGUAUUUAUUAAUAUUAACUUUUAGAGUUAGAGAAAUGAAAGGUAUACAUUUUCCAAAAUUUUUGUUAGAAAAUAAGAAUUUAUCAACUACGAUAUUUUAAAUAUUUGACAAUAGUUUAUUUUCUGACCAAAACUAUUUAGAAAAUAUACCUCCGUUUUUCAUUAAAAUGAAAAAAUCUUAUUAUACUUUGUGAUAUUUUAGUUUUACCACUGCCAGAAACGCAGAAAAUUUUACAAAUAGGAAUAUUGGUGUAGACAAGAUUAAUAGUUCUAAUAGCAGUUGAUUAAAAGAGGUUCAUGGUUGCUGAUUUUUUUCUGUGAACAGCUUCAAAAAAGUAAUUUACGUAUCUUUUCUUGGAAAUGUGAAGUAAACUAUAAUUGUGAAAAACCCAAAAUAUAAGGCAUACUAAAAUAUGUCCUUUCCAAUUUAUCUUAAAUCUAGACAACGUCCCAAAUUUUUACCAACAAAAAGUGGUCUGGGCAGUCCCACAUUUAUAGUCGACGCUUGUAGGCUUAGUGGCAAUUGGGGGUUGAUCCCCUUAUUUCAAAUAACUAUUAACUCACCCUUCAAAACAAACAGAAUUUGUUGAAUUUUCAAAAUUCUUAAAACUUUCAGCAUAUGCAAAAUUUCGAAUAUUUUCAUAAUUUUUAACAUUUUCAAUUUUUUAAAUUUAAAUUUUUCAAAACGAAUAUAGUCGUCUUCAGGAUAUUAAGAAUUUUUGUAAUUUUUAAAAUUCUUAUAACUUUCAGGAUUAUCAAAAUUACGAAUAUUUUCAAUUUCCAAAACCGUCAACUUUCCAAAAUUCUUAAAGUUUUCGAAAUGUUAAGAAUUUUCAACAUUCUGAGUUUUCAAGUUGUUCAAAAUGUUUAAAUUGAAAAAUCUGAAAACACGUCACGAGAACUGUUACAGCAAUAUGUGGAAUGCAAAUGUUAAAUCUCUACUUGAGGAUCACUCAAGGGUGUGUUCUUAUUCCGUUAAUAUCCAAGGGUUGACCAAUCGUCAAAGGGUACUCUGCCCUCAACGGUCAACUAUAAAUGUGGGCCUUAAUAUUUAAGCCUAAAAUGAAGAGAUGCUGUUUACCAGAGUAUGAUUUUUGGGCAGUUUAAACUUUUUUCAAAUUAUUUUUCCAGUUGGAACUUAGUAUCUACACCAUUCAGAUAUGUCUAAUAAGGAAUCAAAUCAAACCUUUUAUUAUACACAUAUUCAUAUCACUUUUACAUAUUUAUUAAAAAUUGUAGGUGAAUAGAAUAUGAAUCGUACAGUGGACAACUUAAUUUGAAUCUCAUAUGACAAUUCAAAAAACUGCUCCAGUUUAUUGUAUUGUAGAGUCACCCACAACAAAGUUUUUGUUUGACGGGUUUAAAUUUUUCGUCCACUGUUCUUUUUUCUUAUAGCAUUUUUUACAGUUUUUCCACUGUUAGAAAAAUGUCUUUCCAGCGAUAUUUCACACAUAUUAACACAGUUUAUGCUUAACAAAUUCGAACAUCAACAUAUUCUAUAUCCAAUCAUAUACCAAAUUUGAAAAUGAUGCAUUUAGAAAGAUGCAGCACUGUGGCGCCUAAUAUCAGUGUCCUUUGAUUCAAAUCUACUCUAAUAUAAAUUGUUGGAGGGGCUUUAUUCUCUGAAUGCAAAAAAUAUGAUACCAGUUUUCCAGAUACUAUUUGUUACAGAAACUUUUAUAUUACUAUGAUCUUACUUUAAAAGUCGUAUCUGGAUGAAUUCUAAAUUUAAAUAAUACCAUUCAUUAUCGUAAUUUACCUGCAGAUAUAUUAUUCAACCAUAUAUGUACUGCAUUCCGGCGUCCAGAAAAGGAUAUUUAAUUCCUUUUUGGUGCCUCACUAAUGUCUAUCCUAAUACGGUAUCUACAGACCUUGAUUGACGUUUUCCGUCUGAUAAUAUCCAAUUAAAAUAGGCAUUAGAAAGGUCAAAAGGGGAUUGAAGAUCCAAGCGCCAUCUAUGAUACAGUAGCAGAAUCGAACAGUCUUACUCUUUUCAAAGUAUGUUUCUAGAUUUAUUUGUGAUCUGCUACUACAUAGAUAGCGCUAGUAUAUAUCUUUCAGAUCCCUUUUUGCUUGCCAGUAAGCAGUGUAUGGUUGCAUAUCUUCAGGUAGAAUGCGUUAAUCAGUGAUAAUGUUGAUUAAAACCUGAUGGAAAAACUGUGAAGAUGUUUCUCAGUAGACUGGUUAGCUUUUAUGUAAAUAAUCCAAGUAACAAGUAACGUUAAAGAGAUUUAAAAAGGUAUAUACAAUUACGAUAGUAGCAAAUAUUUUAGCAAAUUUUUGACAGACGUUAUUAUAUUAGUGGUGAAAAUGAACAGUUUUAAAUAUAUUAUAUAACUUGUCAUAAUAUAUGAAGUAGAUGAGAACGUAACUGAUUUCUAAACUGGACUGUACAGUAAAACGAUUUUCUUUCUUUAACUGUGAUAGUUUGAUGUUUCAUUACUAACACAGACUUACUGAAAAAUUUUCUUGCGCGCGAAGUGUCACUCGAAACGAUAAAUUGCACAAGAAUAUGUGUCCUUUUGAAAUGAAAAGUAUUAGUUAGGGAUGACAACGACAGACCAGUUUGAACUAUUUUAAGUUUGCAGUUACUAUGCAGCAAGAUACUCCAACCAUCGAUUAACGUAUUCUACCUGAAGAGAGCUAACCAUAUACUGAAUUCUGGCGUAAAAAAGGGAUCUGAAAGAUUCUAGCGCCACCUAUGAGGCAACAUUACAUAAAAACGAAUUUUUAGAUAUUUGAAGUUAAUGUUCUUGGUUUUGCUACUGUCCCAUAGAUGGCGAUAGGAUUUUCUGUCCUAUUUUGAUUGGGUAUCUUCAGGUAUUGAUUAACGUAUCCUGUCUAAAGAUAACCAUUUAAAAUAGGCAUUAAGCCUGUAUGCCACGAUUAAAUCAUCAUCCUGUUACUUUUGACAAGGAAUUGGGCAAAAAAAUAUUGGCCGGGAUUCGCUGUUCUCUCUUUGCAACGAUCAAAUAUUUUGUUACAAAUCUUGAACAAGAACAUGUGCAUUUCCACCAAUUACAAAACGAAAGACAUAUGUGUUGCAUGUAAUAAUUUUUGCCAUGAGUCUGUCAUCUAGACAUCUCUGCAGUGUUUCAUGGAUCCAUAGAUAAACAGCAUUCUGUGGCCGACUUCCGUGACAGUAGAAAUUAGGAUGGAGUGGGGGCGAGUGAGGGAGUUAGGUUUGGUUUAUGAAUUACAUGUUAUUAAACUUUAAUCAUCCUCGUUCAACUGUUACUCUCGUGUAAUAUAAGUAUCUUUUAAAACUUACAGCUGAAAAAUAUCACAAGUAAAAAAAUAUCCAUUCAGUCUUGUGAACAUUUUCUUGACAGAACGAACUCGGACGCGCAGUUACCCUUUGUGCAUCCAAUUUCUUGCAGAAUUUCGAAGUGCACAUUUAUCCAAAUUAUUUCACAUUAUGAUGAAAAAUUUUAUAGUGAUAUAAGGGCUUUAGACAGCAAAUAGGGGAUUGAAGAUCCAGCGCCAUCUGUGAGAUAGUAGCUGAACGAAACGCUCCUCUUUUCAAGGUCGAUUUAUAAAUUAAUCUUUGUUGUGCUACUGUCUCAUAGAUGCCGGCGGUCCCUUUUCGGACGCCAGAAUAAGGUAUAUGGUUGACUGUCGUCACGUAGAAUGUGUUAAUCAAUACUAAUCUGUUUGAAUAAAGUCAACAACUCCAAAAAAUGAUCUCAGAUCAUUACAAAAUAUCAGACGAUUUUUACUACUUCUACUAACUCCAGAAUGAACAUUCCAUUUUAACCAUAUGCAUUUUCUAAUAUUUUCCAGCAUUUCGGGUAUUAAAAAAAUAUUACCGUAUAUCAGUAUUUGAAAACACUGUAUUUUCCCUUGUAUGUAUAUAUAUUUUUUAAACGCUUUAUGACAAACGACAGACCACAGUUUUACUUUGUAAUUAUUUAUAUGUACUUAGUAGAAUGAAAUUGUUAUAUUCUAAUUUUUACAGACAUAGACAGAGUUUAUAUUGAAGAAUAUAUUCCAUGUUUUGUAGAUUUACUGUAAAUCAGGUGAUUAUAUUAAAAUAAACAUAUACAGUAUAACUUGGAAGGUGUGUUUUAUUUUAUAUUUCGUAUUUUCCAUGAAUGCAGUCGAGUCGAGAAUCUCUAAUGUUUUUGCGGCGGUAAAUCCUCUUCCAGAUGCGGUUUCAGCGACACAAAAAGGUAUUAAACCAUUGACUAACGUAUUGUACCUAGGCAACUUGAUGAUAUCUUCCCGCGCACAUAAAAUUAUCCGAAUUGAAAUCAGAAAAAUCUUGAAAAAGACCUGAAAUGUCAUUAUAAUACUUAAGAACGUUCUAGACACAUUUAAAUUAACUUUGAAUAUAAAAAACUCAUUACAUUGCCUUACUAUAACAAUGGCUAAUAGACCAGCAUUUAAUCAAAUUACGCCUGAUAAUAUA